UUGCCUGAUCUCUUUUUGAGGUGACAGCUAUUAAUACAGCCAAGUGUGCACACUGUGUGCUGGAAUUUUAAAAAGAAUCUUAACUGACAAAAUUCAAGUUAAUGAUCUCAAGAAGGAGAACUUGCCCUGUCCAAGAUGGCGGCACAGGUGACGUACACGCCCGCAGAUUACCAGUUCGUGUAGGGACAAUGUUUUGUCACAAAAAUCGGUAAAGGGCUGGUCCUUAGUCCCAUUAGAAAGAUAUCUACAUUCUUCCUUCUCGUAUAAAUUCACACCAUCUUGGGGAAUUCCAGAGAGGCCUAACGUCUUGUUUUAAUACUGCAUUAAUAACAGAAAAUUAAAAUGACAUUUUCACAUGAUUACCAUGUAAACAUUAUUAGUACUUGCAAGUAGCAAAGGCGUUCUCCGUGGAGAAAGGCGAAGCGGAACGUUUUGACUGAGUGUGUAAACUGGACGGGCGCUUUAAGGAGUUGUACAAUGUUCCUGUUGUUGCACACGUGAGCUCUCGUGCAAAAGUGAAUAUCGUAAUAAAAAACAUCGUAAUAAGAAACUCAAGUCUUGUGAAAUCAGGAAUUACAUUCCGUUAACUUGUAAUUUGCAGGCAUGGGGAAGCUGAGAAAGAAACACAACUGGAAGGCGAGGGAGCAAAAUGCAGCAGCUCCCAAACCUGCUGAGGACAUGAAGAGUGAAGUGUUGCUGGAGUUCGACAGUGAAGAAUCCACCAUGCUGAAGGGAGUGGAUGAAAGUAAUGUACUGGUUCUCCCAGGCACCAAAGCUAAGAAGAAGAAGGUGGAGCAAGCUGUCCCGAAGAAGAAACCUCUGACCAAAAAACAGAGAAAGAAUCUGCAGAAAGUUCUGGAGCAGAAAGAGAAGAAAGCUCAUCGAGCAGAGAUCUUGGACAAAUUGGCAGAAGUUCAGCUGCCAGAAUCUGAACUGAAGCUGCUGUACACAACCUCCAAGCUAGGCAUCGGAGACAAACUUUAUCAAACUAAAGAAGUUAAUGUUGAAGGUGUGGACGAUGGUUCAGCAAAAGUCAAAAUCAGCAGUCUUAGUGGUGCAAACAGAAAGAGGAAAAGAAAACUGGAUGAGGAUGGGGAUGAAAGCGAAGAACCAGACUCUUCUAAGGAGGAGACGAGUGGCAUGUCAGACUCUUCUUCUGAGGAAGAGGGGGAUGAGGUGGAGGAUGAUGUAAGAGAUGAGGUUUCAGAAAAAGCAGCACCUGCAGUAAAGGAGAAACAGGAAGAGGAGGCAGAAACAAAAGCGGUGGAAGUGAAGAAGGAGGAGAAAAAGGAGGAUGAAAAAACAGUCGUGCACAAGAAAAACGACUGUCAGCCAGCUGUGUUCAUUCCUGUAGACAGACUACCAGAGAUCCAGGAGGCACGGCUGAAGCUGCCAGUGUUGGCAGAGGAGCAGGUGAUCAUGGAGGCAGUGAAGGAGAAUGAUUGUGUAGUGUUGUGUGGAGAGACUGGCAGUGGCAAAACCACACAGGUUCCCCAGUUCCUCUACGAAGCUGGAUAUGCAAGUGCUGGUGGUAUGAUCGGUGUGACUGAGCCCAGAAGAGUGGCGGCAGUCAGCAUGUCUCACCGUGUGGCCACUGAGAUGAACCUCUCCACAGGGGUGGUGUCUUAUCAGAUCAGAUAUGAAGGCAACGUGACAAAAGACACCAAGAUCAAGUUCAUGACGGAUGGUGUCUUGUUGAAAGAAAUUCAAAAGGACUUCCUGUUGCAGAAAUACAGUGUAAUCAUAAUUGACGAGGCUCACGAGCGCAGCGUCUACACUGACAUCCUCAUUGGCCUCCUCUCACGCAUUGUGGCACUCCGCAAUAAGAAAGGUUUGCCCAUGAAACUGCUGAUCAUGUCUGCUACGCUGCGAGUGGAGGACUUUACUGAGAACAAGAGACUGUUUCGCACUCCUCCACCAGUCAUAAAGGUAGAGGCUCGUCAGUUCCCCGUUACGGUUCACUUCAACAAGCGCACACCAAUGGAGGAUUACGUAGCAGAGGCCUUUCGCAAGACCUGCAAGAUUCACCGCAUGCUGCCGCCGGGUGGUAUCCUGGUGUUUCUGACCGGCCAGGCAGAGGUGCAUUCUGUGUGCAGGAGACUGAGGAAGGCUUUUCCUUAUAGACCCAACAACAUACAGCAUACUGAAACAGAUGACACAUCAGAGGGACUGAGAAAAUUUAAGAAGCAGAAACAGAAGAAAUCAGUGUCUCUUCCUCGCAUUGAUCUGGACAACUACUCUGCCCUACCCGUGGAUGAAGGAGACGAAGAUCGCCAGGCUGGCAUUGAUGACGAUGAUGACGAAGGCUCAGAUCUGGAUCUAGGCGAUCAGCCAGAAGACACUGAGGAGAAGGCGGAUCCCUCCAUUCCUCUGUACGUGCUGCCACUUUACUCCCUGCUGGCACCUGAGCAGCAAGCUAAAGUGUUCCGUCCACCUCCUCCAGGUGCCCGCUUGUGUGUGGUGGCCACCAAUGUGGCAGAGACGUCCCUCACUAUUCCAGGAAUUAAGUAUGUGGUUGACUGUGGUCGGGUGAAGAAGAGAUUUUAUGACCGAGUGACGGGGGUCUCUUCCUUUAAGGUCACCUGGACAUCACAGGCCUCAGCGAAUCAGAGAGCUGGAAGGGCAGGAAGAACAGAGGCAGGACAUUGCUAUAGGCUCUACUCAUCUGCAGUGUUUAGCGAUUUCAGCCAGUUCUCUGAGGCUGAAAUCACUCGUCGCCCUGUUGACGACCUUGUUUUGCAAAUGAAAGAUCUCAACAUUGAGAAGGUGGUGAAUUUUCCGUUCCCUACUCCACCCUCUUCUGAAGCACUGGUGUCUGCUGAGCAGUUACUUAUCUCUUUGGGUGCUCUAGAGGAGCCACCUCGCCAGGGGCGAAUGGUGGAUAUGGAGAGGGCUCGUUUAUCAUGUCCUAUAACCCCUCUGGGACGUGCCAUGGCAGCAUUUCCUGUUGCACCGCGCUAUGCUAAGAUGCUUGCACUGGGCCGCCAGCAGGGCUGCAUGCCCUACAUCAUAACGAUAGUGGCAGCCAUGACAGUUAGAGAAAUUUUUGAGGAACUGGACAGGCCAGCGAGCAGUGAAGAGGAGAGCAGUAAGCUGGCUGGAAGAAAAGCACGCUUCAGUCAGAUGAGGAGGUUGUGGGCAGGCCAGGGCCAGUCUUUACUGCUGGGAGACCUCAUGGUGAUGCUGGGUGCUGUAGGGGCUUGUGAGUUUGCUGGCUGCACGCCAAAGUUCUGCGAAGAAAACGGCCUUCGCUACAAAGCUAUGUUGGAGAUACGGAGGCUGAGGGGACAGCUCACUAAUGCAGUGAAUACUGUGUGUUCUGAUGCGGGGGUGUGUGUGGACAACAAAAUGGCCCCCCCGACUGAAUCUCAGGUAGUGUGCCUGAGGCAGAUUGUGUUGGCUGGUUUAGGAGAUCAUCUGGCCAGACGAGUACAAGCUGAGGAGCUACUAGAUCCAAAGUGGAGAAAUGGCUACAAGACUCCUCUGCUGGAUGAGCCUGUGUUUAUACAUCCUUCCUCUGCACUUCACAAAGAAUUGCCUGAGUUUGUUGUCUACCAAGAAAUCAUGGAAACUACCAAAAUGUACAUGAGAGGAGUGUGUGCAGUGCAGGCUGAUUGGAUCCCAAAGCUCCUGCCCCAGUACUGUCACUUCAGUGGACCGGAACAAAGCCCUGCCCCAUGGUACUGCACCCUCAGUGGCAAUGUGAAGUGUCAACAACAGAGCACCUUCUUCAGAGUUGGAUGGAAGCUUCCUGCCAUUGAGAUGGAUCAUCCUGAAGGCCUUGAGCGAUACAAACUGUUUGCCAAGUUUCUGCUAGAAGGACAGGUGUGUCCCAAAUUGCAGCGACACAGUACAUGUUUACUGUCAAGUCCUGCAACCAUGCUGAAGACUUGGGCCAAGCUGCAGCCUCGAACAGAAAAUCUUUUGGGAGCAUUGGUGUCAGAAAAAGUGGACAACCGAGAUGCCUUACAAGCUGCGUGGAAGAAAAAUGAAAAAUUUCUCCUGUCAGCGUACUGUCAGUGGGUUCCAAAGUCUCUUCACGAAGAAGUCACCAAGAGCUGGCCUCCUGUCUGACACACACACACACACACACACACACACUGCCUUACCACCCAUUAGUGGAAACACUAAUGCACUGCCUCUUUAAAAUCUUAAGCAGAGCUGGUCUUGCAGGAUUCACACCUGCAUAAGCACAUAUCUCAGAAGGCUGCAGAAGAUUUUCCCCGGUCUCUGGAGACUGACAGACAUUUUUACCAGCUUUAUAUAUAUAUUCAUGAACUCACUGUGGACUUAAGAUGAUGGAUGAAAUCUGUGGGAAUAUGGAACUUCUGUUCAUGUAUUUAAUCCUGAACUGAAAAGAAUCACCCUUGCAACUAUGACUAGGCUUAAACUGGCUUAUCUUGCAUUUGGGAAUGUAGUCAGAAAACCAGAGUUUGUGGGGUUCAAAACUGGAAAUCUUACUAGUUGUGAAACUACCGCAAAUAAAUACGUUUUUAUAAAACGCGUCUUCCUAAUGUGUUUGUGUACAAUAAGAAUGAGUCUUGUGUGUCAUAAGUGUGUCAUAUUUCUCUCUGGUUUAGUAGAAUACUUUCAAAAAUGUUUCAUCUAAAUUUUAAAGGGGUGUUUGAUCGAGUCCAAAAUAAUUGUAAAGUGCUUUUCCACUGCAUUAUACUUAGUUAGAGUGCCACAUAAAAUUUUGUUUAUUUCAUUUUGAAUAAAUAAGUGUUGCAGUGUCUUCACUAUAUUAGUUUUCACUACAUAUGAACGUAAUGAAAAGUGAGUUGGCUUAAGGAAUUUACCAUAAUCUAUAUUUUUUCAGGUGUUUUCAUUGCUGUGUCUGGCAUUUAAGGGUGAAAUAUUACUUUAAGGACUGAAUUGGUGUGAAAUAAAUAAAACAUCUCUUGAUUAUAUGCAAUAUGGAGUAUGACUGACAAAAGGGGUAAUACAGAUUCUUGUUAAAACCAAAGAUAAGACCUAGAACAAUGUUGAACUUGUUUGGUGAGUUUCAGCAUCAACCCCUCGCUAGACCCCCUGCUGUUAAUUUAUACUAACAGGUACCUUUUACUCCUGUGCAGAAAUUAUCAUUGCUCACUAUUCAGAAUUCUGGACAAUUCAGGAUUAAUUCGGGCAACUGUUUGAUUGCCAUAACUAUAUAACUGCAGUUAUUUACAUACCCCUGCAGUGCAUGUGUUUCUGUUUAUAGGGUGAAUAUAGGGUGUAUACUGGGACACUUCCAAACUUUCUAAGCUUUCUUUCCAUUAAUA